AUGGACACUGGUGUGGAUUCUGAUCAGGGAGCCCCUAAGCUGCAUGCAAGUAUUGAAUCCCUGACAAGGGCCAAGAACAAAUUAAGAGGGCAGAAAUCCAAGAAUGUAUUUCACAUAGCCAACCAAAAAAACUUUAAAGCUAAAAACAAAGCAAAACCAGUUACCACUAAUCUACUAAUCUUAAACAUUAUGAAUGAUGAAAAAGCUAACAGAGUAAAUAAAGCUUUUGUAAAUGUACAAAAGGAACUUGCACAUGUCUCAAAAGGCCUUUCUCUUGAAUCUCUACAGAAAGAAUUGACUCCUCAGCAGUGUCAUGAAAGCAAACCAGUUAAUGUUGGUGAAGCUACAAAAUUAAUGGCUCAGUUGUAAUAUAGUGGUGAUGCAUCUAAUUCCCCACAAAGACUAAGAAAUUAAAUGUUU